AUGUAUAGUGGUCCGUUCUAUGGUGAAGAAUUUGAAUUUGAUAUACCGAGAGAUUUUGGAGUGUUAUCCUUCCAAAUACAUGAGACUGAUUUGUUUGGUUUUCGUAAAGAUCAAGCAAUUGGCAAGGUAAUUAUAAGACGAUCUGAAUUGCAUACUUACAAUGGGCUUGAUAAAUGGCACCCUAUUUUGCCAGUUGAUACUGAACCUGAAGCUCAGGGUAAAAUUCGGGUACGAUUAAAGUUACAAGAUGCAUAUGUGAAUAAGACAUGUUAUUAUAAAUUACAUGUUAAAGUCAUAGAGGCAACAGAUUUGCAUGCAUGUCAAAGUAGUGGUACAUCGGAUACCUUCGCUUCUGUGAAAUUAAUGAACUAUACGACAAACUUUGACAAUGUUAUUCUUUUCAAUGGUUAUCGUCAGAUAAAGGCAUUUAUACCACCUUUUAUUUUAAGGAAUAGACCAGAAGUAAAGCGUACAAAAUUAUGGGAUAAUGAUUUGUCAAAUUACUGCGUCAAUAUCGAGCUUUGUAAUGCAAAUAUGAUAGGGGAUACAUUUAUGGGCAAGGUUACAAUACCACUUCAAUCUUUGGAUCUGUCGAGUAGUCACGAGGCAAGUCAGUUAAUUUUUCAAAAUAGCUAUAUGCUCAGUGAAAGGGAAGGCCGACACAGUGGAAAUAAAGCUGAUCUAGGAUCGCUUCGUCUAAAAAUUAAUUAUGUGGAAGAUUGGGUUUUUCCCUCGCGAUCGUAUGACCAGUUAAGAAAAUUAAUUGUAAAUUCUAUUGACUGCAAUCCGAUCAACUCAAGUCCUGCCGCUGUUCUAGGUAGAAUUGUUAAAGAUAAGAUAGACGCUGCAAAAUCGUUAGUGAAGAUUUUUCUCCAUUACGAUAAGGUUGUAGAUUUUUUAAGGUGUGUAGCCGAAAAUGAAAUCCGCCAUACAAGUGACCCUAAUACUCUGUUUCGCGGAAAUUCACUUGCUUCAAAAGCGAUAGAUGAAUUUAUGAAAAUUUAUGGCCAACAUUACUUACAUUAUACCCUAAAUGGCAUCAUAGAUGAGGGGAAUUUACAAGGUUAUGUCGAAAGAUGUUUUGUAGCUAUUACUUGUUCAGCAAUUCAUUGUCCACCUCUUAUGUGUGAACUAUUUCGAUAUAUCAAAGAAGCAGCAGUUAGACGUUUUCCAGAUAUUGAGGACAUUUGCUUUACCUCAGUUAGCGGUUUUAUUUUCCUACGUUUUUUUGCUCCGGCGUUGUUAAAUCCUCGCUUGUUUCAGAUGAGAGCGGAUCAUGGGGAACCGCUAACCUGCAGAACAUUAACGUUAAUUUCUAAAAGUAUUCAAAAUCUAGGGAAUCUUGGAUGUGUUCAAUCUAUGAAAGAAACUUACAUGGAAACUCUCAAUAGCAUGUUCUUAAAUGAUACUCACAUAGCAGCUGUGAAGAAUUUUUUAGAUUUUAUUUCAUCUCCGCAUGAAUACAACGAAAAUUCUGGGAUGCCUUUAGUACUCAAAGAAGGAAUUAUGAUUAAACGUGCUCAAGGAAGACGGAAAAAAUUUGGUGUAAAGCCUUUCCGGAAAAGAUAUUUCCUGCUUACAACUGAAGAAUUAAGUUAUGCGAAGGAGAAAGGCUCUGAAAUCCUAUGUCAAAUUCCAAAGGAAGACAUUCUUGCUGUAGAAAGAGUUGAUUAUGAAGCAUUUAAAAUGAAACUGAUGUUCCAAAUAGUACAACCGAAUAGACCACUAUAUGUUUUAGCUAAUAAUAGUGUAGAAGAACGAGAUUGGAUUUAUGUACUAAAGAAAAUCUGUCAAAAGAACCCUAAUAGAUUGGAAGCUUAUCACCCGGGUGCAUUUGAUGAAAAGAAAAACGCUUGGAUAUGUUGUGGAAAACCACAGGAAGUUAUCGCUGGAUGUACGCAUGUUACAAGUAUAUCUGAGGCUGACUCGCCUGAUACCACUAUGCAUAUAAAAGUUGAUGUUGAUCGGGAGCUAGAGAAGGUGUACACAUUAUUUGUAAAUAAAUUGGAAGAUUUACAAAAUCUACGGGAAGAAGCAGCGUCUAGCUUGCAGAAAGUAUCCGAUUUUCAACUUUAUUCGAGGAAUGAAUUGCAAAUUGAAUUAACCUCCUUAAAUGAUAUUAUCGAGUUUUGUCAUCGCCAUUUAUCUGAGCAUGAAGACAAUCGAAAAUUUAACAGAUCAGGAAAUAUAUCAUUCAGAUCGGGGACUACGCAAGUUUCUGAUACUUUUGGUAUUGGUGAUUUAAAGGUGCGCUAGAAAAUAGAACUGAAUGGAUAGUUUUAUUUAUUAUGAAGCGCGUCAAACUAAGAAUUACAAAUCAACGUUUAAUUUUGGUGUAUCAGUAGCAGAGUAUAGAUCUAGGUUGAUUUAAUGUGGUUGCUUAUUGAUUUAAUGAUCAAUAUGAUAUUAAUUAGUUAAUUGUUAUGCAAUAUAGCGCAUUGUAUAACAAUAAAUCAUUUGCUGUAACUAUUAACGUCUUAAUGCC